CCUGAGGGAGGAGGAAGCUCUGCAGCUGCAGCAGAUUAAUGUGUCACAUAUUAUACAGUGUGACUUGCUGGCUGCACACACACAGGCCUGUGCAGAGUGGGGUCAGCAAUCAGUCUGCUAUGUGACUUUAUAUUAAUGACUAGUUAAUUAGUGAAUGUCUUGCUGGCACUAUGGGCAGGAAGGUGACUGUGGCAACCUGCUCCCUUAACCAGUGGGCUCUGGAUUUUGAAGGGAAUCUGCGCAGAAUCCUGCAGAGCAUUAAGAUCGCAAAAGAGAAAGGAGCUCGCUAUCGCCUUGGUCCGGAACUAGAAAUCAGUGGGUAUGGCUGCUCAGAUCAUUUUUUCGAGUCCGAUACGAUCCUGCAUUCGUUCCAAGUUCUGGCUAAACUCCUGGAAUCUCCUGUAACAACCGAUAUUAUCUGUGAUGUGGGGAUGCUGGUGAUGCACAAGAAUGUGCGAUACAACUGUCGGGUGAUAUUUCUCAACAAAGAAAUUGAGGAUCACUUUCUUCCAGGAAUUAUUCGAACGAUCACUGGACAGGAUACAGUUCCGUUUGGUGAUGCAGUUUUAGCGACUAAAGACACCUGCAUAGGCUCCGAAAUCUGCGAAGAGUUGUGGGCGCCAAAUAGUCCCCACAUUGACAUGGGUCUGGAUGGUGUGGAGAUAUUCACCAACGGUUCUGGGAGUCACCAUGAGCUGAGGAAGGCUCACUUAAGAGUCGAUCUAGUGAAAUCUACAACUACAAAGAAUGGUGGCAUCUAUCUCCUUUCCAACCUCAGGGGCUGCGACAGCGACCGGCUUUAUUUUGAUGGCUGCUCGAUGAUAUCGAUCAAUGGAGACAUUGUAGUGCAGGGCUCACAGUUCUCCCUGGAUAAUGUGGAAGUUCUCGCCGCCACGUUAGAUUUGGAAGACGUCCGCAGUUACCGGGCUCACACAUCAUCACGGUGUAUCUCCGCAAGCAAAGUGGCCCCCUAUCACCGAGUAUGUGUGGACUUCUCCCUGUCCUCAUCAUUAAAUGAUGUGUAUACCCUCACUUCUGAGCCAGUCACAUGGAAGUACCACAGCCCUGAGGAAGAAAUAAGCUUAGGACCUGCGUGCUGGCUGUGGGACUAUUUGCGGCGUAGUAAGCAGGGGGGAUUCCUCCUUCCUCUGAGCGGCGGGGUGGACAGCUCCGCGGUAGCCUGCAUCGUAUACUCCAUGUGUCGCCUUGUGUGCCAGGCUGUGGAGGAGGGCAAUGAAGAAGUGCUGAACGACGUGCGCCAGGUAGUCGCCGAAGAAUCCUACACGCCCGUGGUUCCCCGGGAACUCUGCCAUCGCCUUCUGACUACUUGUUACAUAGCUACUGAGAAUUCCUCUUCCGAAACCCGGGAGCGAGCCAGGAUGCUGUCAGAGCAGAUAGGCAGUUAUCACCUGACCCCGAACAUUGAUAUGGCUGUUAAGGCUGUUGUUGCCAUAUUUACUACGGUGACUGGUAAAGUGCCUCAGUUUCGUGCUCAUGGGGGAUGUGGCCGAGAGAAUCUGGCCCUUCAGAACGUGCAGGCUCGAAUACGCAUGGUGAUUUCCUACUUGUUUGCCCAGCUAAGUCUUUGGACGCGGGGCUUGCCAGGGGGACUUCUGGUUCUUGGUUCAGCUAACGUGGAUGAGAGUCUUCGAGGUUACCUGACCAAGUACGACUGCUCCAGUGCUGAUGUAAACCCUAUUGGUGGAAUCAGUAAAACAGACCUAAGAGGUUUCAUACAGUUCUCAAUUGAUAAAUUCCAGCUUGAUGCACUGACAAGCAUAUUAUCCGCCCCACCUACCGCAGAACUGGAGCCACUCACAGAUGGACAAGUGUCGCAGACAGAUGAGCAUGAUAUGGGUAUGACGUAUGAUGAGCUGUCUGUAUAUGGGAAACUGAGGAAAAUCGUGAAAACUGGGCCGUACAGCAUGUUCUGCAAACUCCUGCUCAUGUGGAGGGGAAUCUCGCCAAGACAGGUUGCUGAGAAGGUGAAGCACUUCUUCCGGAUGUACUCCAUCAAUAGGCACAAAAUGACCACACUGACACCAGCUUACCACGCAGAGAGCUACAGCCCCGACGAUAACCGAUUUGACUUACGCCCGUUCCUAUAUAACGCAUCUUGGACGUGGCAGUUCCGCUGCAUUGAUGAACAACUGUCCUAUCUGGAGGAGAGUAAGAAAGGAGACGUUUCUGAAGAGGUAGAUUGAGCAGCGGCGCCAUUAAUACUUCUGUUACCAGCAAUUCGUUAAUUUUAUGAAAUACAUUUUAUUGAUUAUACGAAAACACAGUUCUCACUUCUGCAGAUCUGUAUAUAUCUAGCAAAAUAAAAAUAUGAAUGAUCA